UAGGAUUCCGGUCGGAGCGCACUUGAUGGUGAUCAGCCCUCUGGAAAUAUACUUGAACUAUUUUUACAUGGAGGGGACACCAGGGCUCCUAGCUGUCUUCAUCAUAGCAACAUGUUUUCUGGUCGGUGGAGCACAAAAAACAGAGUGUCGCACAGUGGCUGACAUUGUGUUCCUCGUGGAUGGCUCCACCAGCAUCAGCCCUACAGAUUUCCAAGAGGUUCGGAUGUUUCUCCACACCUUCAUUGAGGGCCUGGAUAUCGGUUCUGAUAAGGUUCGCGUUGGACUGGCCCAGUUUAGUGACCAGCCCAAGAUGGAAUUCCUGUUGGCGGAUAAUACAGAAAAACGUGCCUUACUGGAGAAAGUGGAUCAGCUUGAACAGCUGAAAGGAGGCACAGCCACUGGCACAGCUAUUAGAUUCCUUCAGAGAGAGUUUUUCACCCCGGCUGCAGGAAGCCGUUCUGGUCAGAGGGUGCCCCAGAUUGCUGUGGUACUCACUGAUGGGGAUUCUGUGGACGAUGUAGUGGAGCCUGCCAAGGAACUAAGGCAAAGUGGGGUCAUUGUCUAUGCUAUUGGAGUGGGGAAUAUUGAUAAAAGCCAGCUGCAAGCUAUUGCUAACAGGCCCAGUAAGCAUUUCCUAAACAGCAUCCUUAGUUUCCAGGCGCUACAACCACUUUCCCAGGAUCUGCUGAACACUGUGUGUGACUCCAUGCAGAACCAGAGGAUAGCUCUUGCGCCAACGUUCUCUGACAUCUUCUUCCUGGUGGACAGCAACCUGAAACCUGCAGACUUCCAAAGUGUCAAAAAAUAUCUCAUGAAGCUGGCCGAAAAACUUGAUGUAAGCGAGAACACCCAUCGCCUUGGUUUGGCCCAGUUUUCCCAGGACACCAAAGUGGAGUUUUUGCUGAACACCCACUACACCAAGGAAGAGUAUUUGGCAGCUCUCAGUAUAUUCAAGCUGCGCCCCAAUGGGCGUCGUCAGCUGGGCAGUGCCCUUAGAAAUGCCCGUGAAAAGUUCUUUACCACAUCAUCUGGUGGUCGUGCUGAAAAGCGCUACAAGCAAAUUCUGGUCACUGUGACAGGAGGGAAAUCAGAUGAUAACUUCAGGGAAGUGGCAGGUACUAUCAAAUCUGAAGGGAUAAUCAUUGUUGCCAUUGGGCUUGGUACCUGGGUAUCUAAACUUGCAGACCUUAAGGAUUUGGCCACCCAACCAUUUUUCUACCAGACUACAGACAAUGCAGAGAUGUCAGUCUUUGAGACUGCACAUGAGGUGGUCGCUGUUACUGAUGAGUGCAGCAAGGCUUCAGUGGCAGACAUUGUGUUCAUAGUUGAUGAAUCUGGGAGCAUUGGAAACGAAAACUUCCAUCUGGUUCGUGGAUUCAUCCACAACAUAGUGGAGGGGCUGAAUGUGGGCUUGAAUGGCGUAAGGGUGGGCAUUGUCCUUUACAAUGAAAAGGCUUCAGUUCAGGUUUUCCUAAAUUCCUCUCAAGAAAAAAGUAGCAUCCUUACGUUCAUCAAGCUACUGCCCUAUCGUUCUGGUGGCACAAAGACUGGUGAGGCCCUUGACUUUGCAAGAAAGAAUAUGUUUAUUAUGGAGCGGGGAAGCAGGAAACAAGAGGGAGUGCAGCAGGUGGCGAUAGUCAUUACUGAUGGAGAAUCGCAGGACAACGUUACUUCUCGUGCCGCUGCCCUGCGCAGAUCUGGCGUCACUGUUUAUGCAGUGGGGAUCAAGGAUGCUGACGAGAAAGAGUUGAAACAGAUCGCUUCAUAUCCCGCCAAAAAGCAUGUAUUAAAAGUGGACAACUUUGCCGACCUCAAGACCCUGGAAAAGAGCCUGACAAAGAGCUUAUGCUACAACAUUGUCCAUAGACAUGUUGAAGAGAAUGCAAGGAAACACAGUGCUGAGCAAAGUUGUGUAGAGACAGAUGAAGCUGAAAUCUUCUUCCUGAUCGACCAUUCAGGCAGUAUUGAAUAUCGAGACUUUGAUGAGAUGAAGAAUUUUAUUAAUGAAUUUGUACGCACGUUCCGCAUCGGGCCGCAGCAUGUCCGUGUGGGUCUGGUAAAGUUCAGUGAUUCACCAACUCUUGAGUUUGACUUGACAGCCUAUCCUGACCGAGCUUCAGUGGUAAAGGCUGUGAAUGGUGUUACUCAAAUUGGAGGUGGGACACGGAUUGGAGAAGCUCUGAAAUAUAUGGGCCCCCGUUUCCUUAAUGCAGAGAACACCCGUGGUCACAAGGUCCGUGAGUUCCUCAUUCUAAUAACAGAUGGGAAAUCUCAAGACGAAUUUAAGGAUCAAGCAAAAAAGCUGAGAAAUCAGAACGUCAUUAUAUAUGCCAUUGGAGUGAAAGAUGCUGAUGAUACACAGCUGCUUGAGAUUGCUGGUAGCGAAGACAAAAAGUUCUAUGUCAACAACUUUGAUUCUUUGACAUUAAUCAAAAAGGAUGUUCUCAUGGAUAUUUGCUCUGAUAACUCUAAUAUUUGCAAGGACACGCAGGGGGACAUCCUCUUCUUGAUCGAGAGUUCAGGGCAUAUUAGCAAGAAAGAAUUUAAUGAGAUGAAGAGCUUAAUAAAAUCCAUCAUCAAUAAACUUGUCAUAGACCACAGUCAAGUGCAUGUGGGUCUCAUACAGUUUAGCGACAAACAAAAGCUGAUCUUCCAAUUCAAUGAGUCUUACCACAAAGCAGAUGUGGUGCAACGUUUAGAAAGUAUGGGACAGAUGGGAGGAAGCACAUUCACUGGCAAAGCCUUGUCCUACGCCUCGCAGUUCUUCGACCCUGAGAAAGGGGGACGGCCUGAUGUGAAGAAGAUGCUGAUUGUUGUGACUGAUGGCGAGGCCCAGGAUGAUGUGUUGGCUCCUGCAAAGACACUUCAAAACAAGGGUGUGAUCAUGUACACCGUUGGAGUGGCCAAUGCCAGAUUUAAAGAUCUUCAGGAUAUCAGUGGCGAGAGGCAGAGGGUCUUCAACAAGAGGGACUUUGAUUCACACAAGGCUUUAGAGAGCCAAUUGGCAUUGGCAAUAUGUGGCGAAGACUGUGUGAGGACGGAGGUCGCAGACAUCAUUUUCUUAGUGGAUAGCUCAACCAGCAUCAGUACAGACAAUUUUACCAUCAUGCAAAAUUUCAUGAUGUCUAUAGUUAAUAUAACCACUGUUGGGGAUAAUUACGUACGCUAUGGUCUGAUUCUCUUUGCAACCAAUUCCGCCUCACAAUUCACACUUAACAGCUAUAAAUCAAAGAGAGAUGUUAAUGAUGCUAUAUCAAGACUUCAAAAGACCAAUGGAAACACCAACACUGCAGAGGCCCUAACGUAUUCCUUGAAUUAUUUUGGAGAACAGUUUGGUGGGCGAAAAGCCCUCAAAGUGCCCCAAUGGCUCAUGGUGAUCACAGAUGGAGAGGCUACAGACCCCUAUAGCCUAGCUCCUUCAGCCAAGAAGUUAAGGGAGAAUGGGAUUGUAGUCUUUAGUAUCGGAGUGGUUGGCGCAAAUAAGAAAGAGCUUAACAUCAUAGCAAAUCAUGACUCAAGUAAGGUUUUCUUUGUAGAUGAGUUUGCAAAACUAAAAACACUACACAGAGAUAUUGCAAAGGAAUUCUGCAACUCUACCAAGCCAGUCUGUGAGAGAAAGCAGGGGGAUUUGGUCCUGAUGAUCGACAGCUCAGAGAACAUCAGCCCUACUGACUUUAUUGUCCUGAAGCAGUUUGCCUCAGACCUUGUUUCCAGCUUUAACAUCACGGAGGAGUCCUUCCGAGUCGGAGUGGCCCAGUUCAGCAGUGAUACCAAAACAGAGUUCUACUUGAAUCAGUAUUACACAGAGGUAGAGAUCGUCAAACACAUAAAGAAUAUGAGGCAACUUGGUCGGGAGACACACAUGGGACAGGGCCUGGACUAUGUCCGUUAUGAGUUCUUCCAACCAGAUAGAGGGAGUCGUAUCAAUGACAAGGUCCCCCAGAACCUGGUUUUAAUAACAACCGGACCUCCAAAUGAAGUUGACUUGCAUGCAGCAGGAGCGCUCCUUGCCAUGAACGUUGCUGUGUAUGCUAUCGGAAUAGGAGAUGCUGAAAACUCUGUUGAGCUCAGUCGAAUUACUCAGGAUGGUGAAAGGGUCUUCUCUGUGCAUGACUUAAACAGCCUGAACACUACAAAGAGGAACAUAUUCAAUACGAUGUGCCACAUCCCAUCACCUGAGCCGCAGAGCUGCACCAUAGACAUCGCCAUGGGUUUCGAUAUUACUCACAGGACCUCUAGCAGAAGGCUCUUCGAUGGUCAAGCCCAGUUGCAGGCCUUCCUGCCACAGAUUAUCCGCCAUGUGUCCAGUCUUAAGGGCCUGUGCUGCGUCGCCGACAGUGGACCCAUUGAAACUAAUAUUGGCUUCCGCGUGGUGGAGCAGGAUGGAACAGUUGUCUCUGACUACAAUUUUGAGAAGUAUGAUGAAAAGAUUUUGGAGAAGGUUAUGGCGCUUGAGACCGCCCAGAAGACCUACUUUAACUCCGUCCUCUUGCGCUCCUUCCGUGAAAAGUUCCAGAGGUCAAAUGCUGGAGUGAAGGUGCUGGUGAUCUUCUCAGAUGGACUUGAUGAAGAUGUGAUUAAACUGGAGCAAGAGUCAGCAUUUCUUCAAGGAAAAGGUGUCCAUGCCCUGUUUACAGUCGCCUUAGAAGGGGUCCAAAAUGCCAACCUUCUUCAAAUGGUGGAGUUUGGAAGAGGAUUCGGAUACAAACAGCAGCUCAACAUCGGCAUGCAUGAUGUGAAAAACUACAUUUUGACACAAAUAGACACAGUGGCUGAGAGGGAGUGCUGCAAUGUAAUGUGUAAGUGCACAGGGCCAGAGGGUGUCCAUGGCAACCAGGGGCCCCCGGGCACAAGGGGUCAGCUUGGUCUUAAAGGAAACCCUGGCUUCCCAGGCGAGGAGGGAGUAUUUGGUGAUAGGGGUCAACCAGGUCCCACUGGUCCACAGGGAAUACAGGGAUGUCCUGGGAUGAGAGGAGUCAAGGGUUCAAGAGGCUACAGAGGGAGCAAGGGUGAUGAUGGAGACCACGGUCUUGACGGGAUAAAUGGGGAACAGGGUGUGAAUGGAUCAGCUGGAGUUUCAGGAGAGAGAGGAAACCCAGGCCGUCCGGGCAACAGUGGAAUCAGAGGGGAGCCUGGAGAGAAGGGCCAACGUGGACUUAGAGGUGACCCUGGUGACUCUGGAGUUGACAGCAACUUUGCAGGUCCGAAAGGAGCAAGAGGAAAUCCUGGGUUACCAGGAGACCCAGGAGAGGAGGGCGGUCAAGCAGAAAGUGGUGUCAAUGGAAACCCAGGUCCUGAAGGAAGAAGAGGUCCACCUGGUCCAAGGGGACAACCAGGAUUAACAGGAGAACUAGGACUCCCAGGUAUUCCUGGCCCUUCUGGACCACAGGGUUCAAGAGGAGAUCCUGGCCCGCCAGGACCCAGGGGCACCCAGGGAUUACCUGGACCACAAGGCACACCUGGGACAAUGGGAGGCAAAGGAUCCACAGGAAGCAGAGGGAUGAAUGGUCAGAAGGGCCAGCCUGGGGACCCUGGAGGAAAGGGAGCUCCUGGACCACUUGGGCCCAGAGGGAUGCCAGGACUUGAUGGCAGAGACGGACAUGGACCUCCCGGACAUCAGGGGAUGAAGGGAGAGCCUGGUUUCCCUGGCUACCCUGGAUUACAGGGUGAGUCUGGUGAAAAGGGAGUCAAAGGAGGUCCAGGCCCCAAAGGAAACCAGGGAAGAGGGGGAAACUCAGGCACAACAGGUGAUCCAGGAGUUCCCGGAACCACAGGUCCACCAGGACAUAUGGGCCCUAGAGGGAGACCUGGAGAGAGACCCAUGUCUGAAUGCCAGCUGACCACUUACGUCCGUGAUAACUGUGCAUGCUCCCAAGGUCGGGCAUUGUGUCCAGCCUACCCCACAGAGCUAGUCUUUGCCCUAGACAUGUCACAGACUGUGGAGCCAGCCAGGUUUCAGGCAAUGCGCUCCUCGCUCCUCUCCUUAUUGGAGCACGUUACCAUAGCCGAGAGCAACUGCCCAACAGGUGCACGUGUGGCAGUCGUGUCUUACAGUGACAAGGUCAAGUACUUGAUCCGAUUCCAGGAUUACCAACGCAAGAAGGAGUUGUUGGAGGCCAUUCGUGGUAUCGCACUGCAGAAAACAUCUAACCUUCGCUACCUUGGGGCAGCCAUGCGUUAUGUCGGGCGCCAUGUCUUCAAGCGAACCCGCCAAGCGCUGACGAUGAGGAAGGUGGCAGUGUUCUUCACCAACGGGCCCUCUGAGGACAACUCUGCUAUAGUUACGGCUGCCAUGGAAUUCAAAGCCCUGAACAUUGCCCCUGCUAUCAUAGCCACAAAGAGCGCAGUUGAUGCUCAACGGGCUUUUGAGGCUGAUGACACAGGCAGCUUUAUCUAUGUUCUAAUGAAUAGGCCACAAGAAAAACAAAAACUGCUAGAUAAAAUCAACCAUUGCGUGAUCUGCUACGACCACUGUAGACCAGACAGCCAAUGUAGAUUUACUGACGCUCAGCAGCCACAGGCGGUAGACAUGGACCUGGCCCUGGUGAUGGACGGUUCCAGGGAGAUCCAGGCUGACCAGUAUGCGGGUUUCCAGGAGCUUCUUGGCUCUAUUGUGAAGCAGGUAGCCUUGAGCCCCAGGCCCAAUGCAGCUGACGGCCAGGCCAGAGUAGCCCUCCUCCAGACCGGUGGCUCUCACCUCCAGGUGGAGUUUGACCUGCAGAAGCACAGUGACCACAAUAAACUGGAGAUAGACCUGAAGAACAUGCGGAAGCAUGGAGGAGUGUUGUUUCUCGGGCGGACCCUGGAGUAUCUGGUCAAUGAGGUGUUACUCAAGGCUCAGAGGCCCAGGAAGAGUAGGGUGGUGCUGGCUGUGGUUGGCGCCGAGACGGCCCACUCGGACCGGGCCAAGCUGGCCUACAUUUCCCAGAAGGCCAAGUGUGAGGGCAUUUCACUGUUUGUGAUCACAGUGGGUGAGCAUUUCAACAGCACCCAGGUGGAGGAGAUUGCCAGCAUGCCGUCAGAGCAACACCUGCUUCAUCUCUGGCAUGUGAAGGAGUGGGAGAGAGGCUAUGCACAGCGCUUCUUCAGAUUCUUCCUCAGUGUCCUCAGAAAGGGAUUUAACAGCUACCCUCCAGCACAGCUAAAACACACAUGCGAUCUGUUGGCGGGACAGGAACAUGGAGGGGGACAGACAGCGACGAAUGUGGUAACAAAGGAAGUAGAGGAGUACCCAGACUACACGGAGGAGGAUGAAGAGGAGUUCCUUGAGCACACUGCAGAUCACACAUCAAUCCAGAUGACAGAGGAAAUGGUUAAUGACCAGGACGCAUGCUUCCUCAGACAGGAUGAGGGAGGUUGUCAAAACUACAUUCUGAAGUGGUACUUUGACACGACACAAAGCGAGUGCUCCCGUUUCUGGUACGGGGGCUGUGGCGGCAACGGCAACCGCUUCGAGACACAGGAGGCCUGUGAAGGCCUCUGUCUGAGGAGGAAGCGUUAAUACUACCAACAAACUUUCUAAAACCCUGAAUAAAGUUGAACCGACGAUCACACAAAGACAUCCGCCAAUCCAGUCUCGCUUCAGGUGGGACCAGCUUAAAACAACACAAUGUAAAUCCUCAGCAUUUAUUGUUUUUUCUU